AUGUCUAAAUACAAGGACAUGGCCAAGGCCAAAUGGCAAGAGAAGCCUGGUGGAAGCCUCCGCGGCCACGUAAGCAGCCUCGCGGGUCGUGUCAAGCCCGACAACAGCGCCGCAAACAACCACGUGGCCCGUCCCAUUUCCGAGCUGCGUGACCCGUCUAGCUUUGCCCCUCCGCCGAAACGUACCGGGUCGGGACUCGCGCCGGCACCGGCGCCCACAGAAACCGGCAAGCGGAAGACGGUCCCCUCGCCGUCGAAGUACCAGGAUCCUCGCACGGGCCAGUCCUUGGCCCUAUACGGGAGCACAGACGGGAUCCGAGAGGAAGAGCACGAGCAUGAGAGCGAGCAGCAGGGACAGGCGGCACCGCGUCCGUACCGCGUCAACACUACUGGCCUGUCGACGGACCACCUGCCUCCUCCGCCGGGGAGAAGAGACGGCACGGGCGGUGAUGCCGCUGCCGGUGCAGGCGGACUGCAGGCCAUCGAGGCAGCCCCACCGCCAGCCUACGAGACCGCCGCGGCGGGGAGACCCAGUCUGCCGCCGCGCCUGCCACCCCGCACAAACACCGGCACGGCAGCCUCAUCCAUGGCCGAGUCGCCGUCAGCAGACAGCAGCAGCCGGUACCUCAACCAGGAGGCCAUCAGCCGUCUCGGCUCAGCAGGCGUAUCAGUCCCCGGGCUAGGCAUCGGAUCACAGAAACAGACGACGGCGACGGCGACAGCGACAGCGACAGCGACUCCGCCGCCCCCUCCGCCUCGUCGACCGUCUAACCAGCCUCAGGGGCAGGUCAACGAGCUUCAGAACCGCCUCGCGCGCUAUGGCAUCUCCAGUUCUAAUGCUACUCCUCAAGUCCAGCAAGAGCAGCAGCAGCAGCCACAGCCGGCCCAGGAGCAGGAGCAGGGUCAGCUGUCAGGUGGCACGACGUGGGCGCAGAAGCAGGCCGCCCUGCGCACGGCCUCGUCGUUCAACAAGGACCCAUCCUCCGUGUCCGUGUCGGACGCCCGCACAGCCGCCGGCACGGUAAACAACUUCCGUCAGCGUCACGGUCACCAGGUCGCUGCUGGUGCCAAGAAUCUUACCUUCGCCAUGCCAGACUAA